CGCGUGUUUCCGCUCGGGCCGUUGUCUCGGGUGCGCUCUGCGGUGCUGGACGGAAAUGGCGAUGUGUGUCAGUAAAUGUUUCUAAUGUCGUGUAAAUAUCGACUCGACUGGCGCGCUGCGGCUCGGACCCCGCGGGGAUUCCUGUGAUGCGCGAGCGGCUCGUGGAGUAACUCUGGUGAAGCGUGUGCGGAGCAGGUACGACCCCGCAGACACCUGAUAAUCUCUGCUAAUCUCUCGAACUAGCAUUAGCCUCUAGCAGCCUGACCAUCAUCACCGCUGCGUCCUCUGAUCUCUCUGAAGCGCUCGUGGACUGAGCCGGCGAUGGCCUCCGGCGGGGAGACCGGCUUGCUCUCCGGCUCUAACGGACUGAACGGGACGAAGCCGUCGGGCGGUCGUCUGACCCGCGCGGCCCGGGUGGCGCUGGACGUUCAGGGUAAAUGCGCGGCGUACGUGCUAGCUCUGAGGCCGUGGAGCUUCAGCGCCUCCCUCACGCCCGUGGCUCUGGGCAGCGCUCUGGCCUAUAAGCUGGAGGGCUCGGUGGACCUGCUCAUCCUGCUGGUGUGUGCCGUGGCCGUUUUGGUGGUCCACGGGGCCGGGAACUUGGUGAACACCUACUACGACUUCUCGAAGGGAAUCGAUCACAAGAAGAGCGACGACAGGACUUUGGUGGAUCAGAUCCUGAAGCCGCAGGACGUGGUGAUGUUCGGAGCGGCGCUGUACUCCGCUGGAUGUCUCUGCGCCACGCUGCUCUACUUCCUCUCCACCCUCAAACUAGAGCAUCUCGCUCUCAUUUAUUUCGGAGGACUCUCCAGCUCUUUUUUAUACACUGGAGGCAUCGGGCUGAAGUACGUGGCUCUGGGGGACGUGGUGAUCCUCAUCACCUUCGGUCCGCUGGCGGUCAUGUUCGCUCACGCAGUGCAGGUGGGUUACCUGUCGGUGCUGCCGCUGGUGUACGCCGUGCCGCUGGCGCUCAACACCGAGGCCAUCCUGCACAGCAACAACACGCGAGACAUGGACUCGGACAAGCAGGCGGGCAUCGUCACGCUGGCCAUCCUGGUGGGGCCCGCGCUCUCCUACGUCAUCUACAACCUGCUGCUGUUCGUGCCCUACCUGCUCUUCUGCAUCCUGGCCACGCGCUACACCAUCAGCAUGGCCCUGCCGCUGCUCACGCUGCCCAUGGCCUUCCCUCUGGAGAGGCAGUUCCGCUGCCAGUGCUACGCCAAGAUCCCCCAAAAGACUGCCAAGCUCAACCUGCUCAUGGGACUCUUCUAUGUUUUCGGGAUCAUUUUGGCACCGCAGGGUAGCUUGCCGUUAUUGUGAGACAGCUGUGGUUGUUUUUUUUUUUUUCUUUUUAAAACUUUCUGUUCGUGCUGUCAAGUGAUUCAUCGCGAUUAAUCACAUCCAAAAUAAAAGUGUUUCUAAAAUGUGUGUACUAAAGAGUUUAUUUGCAAAACAGAAGUUUUUUUUCUUUUUAAAUAAAAGUUUUUUUUAUUAUCGUUAUCAUUUUUUUAAUAUAUAUAAUUUUUUUUUUUUUUUUUAAAUAAUAUUCCAAUCUUACUCUGAUGAAGCGAAUUCCUAAUGAAAAAAGUUUUUUGACUUAUCUGUUUUUGCGAAUGAACUCUUAAGAAACGUUGCUCGUAUUUUCAAUAUAUAUUGUAGAUUAUAUGAAUAAAAAUAUACUGUAAUCGACACUCGAAGUGAAUGAAUUGUCCUAAAACGCAAAACCAAAAUGUGUUCUCGCUUUAGGACGACUUUGAACUUUUGUGAUCCUCUUCAAACAUGCACAUGUUUGUAUGUUUGUACGCAUGUACGUGUAUUACGUGAACCGAAGCUUUUAUUUUGUGUGCGAUCAGCUGGGAUUAGCCGUUUGACAGCACUGCUUUCUGUUCGUUUUAAACAGCUCUAGGUACUUUUGUAUUUAUAGCGGCGAUGCUAAGUGCAGAGACUUUAAUUUAUUGCUGUUAAUUUAUGUUUUGGGAAUGGGCGAGUGCCCAGCACAUCAGUAUUGUCCAAACAGACCGAUCUGGAAACAAAGAAGACGAUUGUAUACGGUAUAUUUGUGUAAUAUAUGGUUUACUAGUGAAUUAAAGGUUUCCAAUAUACA